AUGCCGCUCGCAUGGAACAAAGUGCUCAUUACUAUAGGGGAAGAGAUGCCCGACGAUGACGAGAUGUCCGAUGAGAACGGGACAUCCGACAAGGACGAGAUAUCCGAUAAGGACGAGAUAUCCGACAAGGACGAGAUGCCCGGCGGGAGCGAGAUGCCCGGCGGCGAGAGUGGCCUUACUCUCAACCGGGAAAGACAGUAUAUCAGACUCCGAUACAUGGUUAUCAACGUUCUUGGGCAUACGCAAGGAGCCAAUGAGCUGACUCCGUGGUCCUACGGUAGCACGUUCUCCUCGGACGAGUCAAGAUCUCGACUCAGAUUCGUGAUGUGCAGGACAUCAACGGGCCGGCUUGGCAGCUUUGACCUGUCCCGUCUUGCUCGUCGUGCCAUUGCUCAAGAGCAGUGCCUUCGAGCAGUGCCUGCUGGAGCGGGUUGA